AUGUCUGGCAACGAUAAUCCCGGAAACUUCGCCAACCGCCCCAAGGAGGAGGUCCAGAACAUCGCCUCCAAGGGUGGACAGGCAUCUCACUCAGGCGGCUUUGCCUCUAUGGACGCCGACAAGCAGCGCGAGAUUGCUUCCAUGGGUGGAAAGGCAUCAUCUGGUUCGUUCGAGCCAGGCAGUGAGGCGGCGAAGGAGGCUGGCCGCAAAGGCGGAUCGAAGUAG